AUGGCAGACAGUAGGAAGAAAAGACCGAAACAAGGUGAACCCUUUGAAGUUGUCAACAGAGACUUGAGGGCUCCUGAAGGACAACGUGAAGUCCAGACGACUGGUGUUGACGAUGGAUGCCUGAAGGCUCCUAAUGGACAACAUAAAGAUGGGAAAUCAUCAACUUCACAGCAUUUACAAACUGUGAUCAAUAUUGGUGAGAUUUCCAACCAGGUGUUCCAAAAAUCUUCAAGCGUUGAAAAUGUCCAGAUGACCUUCAACUUUGACCAUGCAGAAAAUUUGGUAUUUGGUGAGGGAGGCAGUAUUAUCAAUGCUGGAGAUAGAAGAAAUGUGGAUAUAUCUAAGCAAAUCUGCUUGAUAGACCAAACAAAAGCUUGGAUCGAGGAUCAAAGAGCAAAGCAUCCCUAUGUACCAACAAAAGCCAUCAGAGUUGCCAAAGAGAAAAUUUUAAAGAACAAAUUCUUGAUUGUUCGAGGAAAUUCUGGGGAUGGCAAAACACGUUUAGCUGUAGAACUAUUGCACUGGUUGAUGGACAGACAUGACAUGGCUAUCAGGCAAAGUCAGGAAACAAGUCAUUCACUGAAAGAACCUGUUUCUCUCACAAACUUGAUGACAUGGGAUACCACAGUAACACCAAAUUCACGCUUAGCCAUAUUGUUUGAUGAUAUGUUUGGCUAUGGAUGUGACGUUCAGAAAGAGAUAGACUGGUGGAAAAAACGUGAAAGUUUUGUUCUACCUUGUUUACAGGGGGAAAUGCAUGAGAAAGGAAAUUGUUUGAUUAUUACCAUGAGAAAUGACAUUUAUAAUGAACACAGGUCUAUUUUUGAUAGACAGGGUUUAUUUUCUCCAGACAAGAUUAUUGAUCUGAGCUCUCCUGAAUUUUUAUUAGAGGAUGAGAAAAGAAGUAUUUUACAAAUGUACACAACCACACUGAGAAACUUUCAACAGUUUUCUGAAGUGGAAAUUGCUGAAAUUUUAAGAACUUCCCCAGGGAUUGGAUUUCCUGAGUGCUGUAGGGUUUUUGCUUCUACUUCUGAAUUGCACAUAGAAAGGGUAAACUUUUUCAGACAUCCAUUAAAGUAUAUGAGAGACAUAAUCAAAGGAAAGUUUCAUGAAGAGCAACAAAAAGCACUCCUAUAUCUUUUCCUGUCUCACGGACAAGCACCUGUUAGACAACUUGAUGUUGAAAAUGAAAACAUUGAUAAAUUAACUGUAGAAAAAGUUUUCAGUAUGUCAAUGUCUGAAAAAAAUCAGGUAAGCUUAAAUGGUGAUCUUAGUUCAAAACUGAGGUGUAUUAAGAAAGGGUUAGAAUCUUUGUGCGGUUCCUUUGUAAGGAAAGAGAAAGGUGUGUUUUAUUUCUUUCAUGAUUCGAUACAUGAUGCAGUAGCCAUACUGUAUGGAGAGCUAACACCACAGGGUUUCUUGAAGAAUUGUAACUGUGAAUAUUUACGCUACAUUGUGACACCAAAAUGUAAGGAAACAUCAUGUAAGAUCAUUGUGGAUGAAGACAUUUAUGAAUUUGUUUAUCAACGAAUAUUUGAAGAGCUGAAGUUGAGAGACUGUACAAAGUACAGUGUUAUAGCCUCACUAAUACCCUGGAAUGAUUCACAGUUUGUAUCAGGAUUUUUUGAUUGGAUCCAUGAACAAGUUGAUGUGCCAGAAGAUUUCCGUUUUCGUCGGAAAUUAGGAAACAUAAUGAUUGAAGACUGUGAAAGUGUGUUUGAUGAGGAAAUGAAUGAAGAUGAAAGAGGCAGUUUCUUUGUUGUAGUGGCCAAAGUAAACUCUUACUGUUUAUUGAAACAACUAAUUGACAGAGGUCUUGCCUCAGCUCAACAACUGAAGGAAGCUUUAGACCAAGCACUUAGGUCAGGAAGUGAAGAAUGUGUUUCUCUUUUGUUAGAAACUGGUGUGACCCCUGAUUCCAGGUCUUGCUUCUCUGCAGUAGAAGGAGGCAAAAUAACCCUGCUAAGCAGAUUAGAACACUAUGGAAUUAUUGCAACAUCCAGGGCAAAAAUAUCAAGAUCAGGUUAUCUGUUAGAAGACGUUAAUUUGCUUCACGAGGCCUGUCUGUUCCAGCAUGAUGAAAUUGUUGAUUACUUGCUGGAGAAAUAUCCAUCUCUGAUACACGAAGAUGGCAGGCACAGUUACAGCAGUCUCCAUUUCAUUGCAAGGACAGGAAACACAUCACUUUACAAGCAAGUGGAACCACUCAUGUUGAAGGGUUUCACUGGACCAGAAUGCCAAUACAUUGAAUCUCUCCUAGAUAUUGAAGGUAAAACGUUGCUCCAUGCUGCUUGUGCCUCUGGUAACUUGGGACUGUGUGAACACUUAUGCGAAAAAUAUUCAUCACUUUUGUCAAAGAUGGACAAGUAUGAUCGUCAUUGUCUGCAUUUUGCUGCCAUGUCUGGAAAUUUGGAAUGCUUCAAAUAUAUAGCAGCAUUGACCCUGAGGGGCAAGACACAGGGAGAAUGUCAAAGUUUCCUGGUGGCACUGGUUGAUGACAGAUACCAGAGGACGGUGUUACACUGGGCAAGUGAGUCUGGCUGUAGAGAUUUGUGUACUUACAUAUGUCACAAACACCCCUACUUGUUAUCUCAGAGGGACAAAAAUGGACUCCAUAGUCUUCACUUUGCAGCUGUGGCGUCUGAUUUACCCUGUUUUGAAGCAUUAGCCAAAUGUGUUCUGCAAGGUCAGACAGAAGGAGAGAGUCAACAUUACAUGGCGAAUUUGAUGACCAAUGACUGGCGAACAGUCCUACACGUUGCUUGUCAGUCUGGUAAUCAGGAUCUGUCUAAAUACCUCUGUAUUACUUAUCCAUCCCUGCUGUCUCUGAGAGACAAAAAUGGCCGCCACUGUCUACACUACACAACUGAGGCUGGUAAUCUAGAAUUUUACAAAUAUAUAGAAUCUUUGGUUCUUGCAGGUAUGAGUCACUCGGAGCGUGAAUUAUUCAUGGAGAAUGUCACAAGUCUUUAUAACGGUACAGUUUUACAUAGAGCUUGCUGGUUUGGCAGCAAAGCUAUUUGUAUGUAUUUGUGUGCACAGUACCCAUCUCUUUUAUCCAUUAAAGAUAAAUUUGGCAUGCACUGUAUCCAUUAUACAGCUCUGUCAUGGAAUCUGGACUGCUACAAAGCUAUUGAGGCUCGAGUCGUAUGUGAAGAGUCGGCUAAAGGAAACCCAAACUACAUGGAAAGCUUAUUGACAGAUCGUGGGGUGUCUGUCAUAGAUUUGGUCAAAGGAGACGUAGAGGACUACAAAAAAGACUUGCACGAUUAUGUGAUGAGUGCAGCCAAGCUAGUCUCGUUGUCUAACCGCAGUAGGAGCUGUAGUCCAUCUAGUAUAAGAACAAGAAGAAUCUCAUCGCAAUGCUCUUCGUAGAUUCAAAGACACUUAAAAUGAGUUUUUUGUCGUUGAAAAAAACUGUGAUAGCUCAGUUGGUAGAGCAUCAAAGUUUGCAACUUCAGUGAAGAUUUGGGUUUAAGGUUUGAUUCCUACUUGGGGCAUUUUUUAUACAUUUUUAAAUUCUUUAUGAGCUCUUUUAUGUAUAAAGAGAGAUAUUGGACUGAAUUUGUUUUAUACUAGGUAGGCAUAUAGGUUAAAGGCUGAAUCUUCUCCAGACAUGCAUGGAGUUAAAAGCUGAAUUUUGUACAUAUACAGACAGAGAGUUAAAGAACUUUUUUUACAGUUGUACAUUUUUUAAAAUUAUAUAAUAUUAUGUCGGGAAUCAAUUUUUGAUGUACCAGUAAUAGGGAAUGUUGACUGCCAUCAAAACAAACAGUAUGUUAAAGAUGUCUGUAUAUUGAGUGAUGCUUCCAGUAUGCAUGGCAGAGGUCACUUUUGGGAUGACUUGAUAUAAAUCCCUUCAACGACAUGAUCACUUACAAUCACAAAAUUUUGUUUUAUUUACAAGUUUGCUCAAAAGCGAGUUUUUACUCAGAUAUAUGUUUGCCACUGUUUUGUGGUGUGUAGCCUAUGAUACGUUAUUAACCUGCAACUAAAUAUUAUGGUUGAAAUAAGAGGUCAAAGUUCAAAUUGUACCUCAUCCAUCGUCUGUCCAUCCUUACACUAUUGUUGUUAGCACUCUUUCCAGAGAAGCGCUGGAUGGAUCAUUCUCAAAUUUCAUAUGUGGGUUCCUCCUGGUCCCUAGUUAUGUAUUGUCUAUUUUUAUAACAGUUUAGAAAAUUUGAUUGAAUAGUAGGCAGCCAUCUUGUAAUUUGAAAGUUUUAGAUUGUUGUUGCUAUUUCUGGAGAAGUACUAUGCUGUGUAAAACUACUAGAAACAAAUUGUAAAUCCUGAGUAAACAGGAAGGAAACAUCAAUUUCUUCAAACCAUUGUAUCAUAACUUUUUAAAACAAAUUGUAUAAUUAUAAUGAUGAAUGAAUGUGCUUAUUUUUUUUAUCAAAGAGCUGGUAAUUAUAUAACAUUACAACAUUGGUGCCAAAUUCAUUACAUUUAGUUAACAAGUCACGAACAUACCACCAAUUACUGUAGUUCAAUUGUCAAUGAUUCUUACAUCAUCCAGAGAUCACAUAUAAUUUGUUUUUUUUUUAUAAUGAUUACUGCUGCCUUUGAAUAUAAACCAUCUCAUAGUGGGUAUUGUUCAAUGUGACUGCCAAAAACAUGAUAUUGUUUUGUUUACCCUCAUCUCUCAUCUUGUGUUAGUUCCUUAUUGUAUUAAUGAUAUAUUUUG